CACACAACAACUCAAACAAUCAUCUCAACCUUCAAUCCAAACAACCAAACCACCACCUCAACCCCCAAAACCACCAACAACUUCACAAUGGAGACCGCUAAGCAGGCUUUCAACUACGUCGCUGAGAGCGUCCAGGGUGCCACCGCCGGUGUCAGCAAGGAGGCCAACAAGGAGGUCGCCAAGGACUCCAACGCCCCCAUCAGCACUCGUGCCUCUGCCGCCAAGGAUGCCCUUUCCGACAAGGUCGACGAGACCACCCACGACAACAAGGCCGAGGUCCACAAGCAGAUCGCCAAGGAAUAA